UCUUGAACACAGCCUCGCUGCACCAUUGGUCGGGAGAAUACGGAAGUCUUCUCAUGUACCGAUGCGUUCGGGUAAAAUAGUGAAUGUAUAUUCUAGAUUUAUAGGGGUCAAAUAUCAUAAACGACAUAGGCCCUACUUGCUGUCAUCUAUUGUUCGUCGCUUACGAGUAGUGUCUUCACAAGCAGUCGAAAUGGCCACUGUCUGGUCAGAGAAAAUGCUACAAUUGCUCCGUAAAAUGAAUAACUUCCAUUCACCAGGGUCCUGCCGCGCCAGAUGUCUGCGCUUCAUGGUGGCGGACCAACAGGUCGGUUGGAUCCUCCCUCAAAUGGCCGCCAUUUUGAGGAACUUCCCAGACGUCUUCGAUCCGCCCAGCGACGGCGCCCUUUCCCUCAGCUCGAGGCUGGACACUCACUCCAAGAGGUCAGAGGAAGUGGACCGCGUCCUGCAGAGCCUGAGACGCAGCGACGCGCUGACAUGCUUGAAGGGAUGGAGGGAUGAGAGGUAUGACGUCAUGGCCAGAUACUGCGACGCCCCACUGAUGUCUAUGGAGCGAUCAGCAACCAGCCUGUUUGGGGUGAGGAGGUACGGCGUCCACAUCAACGGGUUCUGCCGGAGCGCCGACGGGGGGCUCAGGAUGUGGCUGGCCCGCCGCUCCGCCACCAAGCAGACGUACGCCGGCCGCCUGGACAACCUGGCGGCCGGCGGCCUGGCUGCAGGGAUGGGCAUCGGAGACACCGCGCUAAAGGAGUGUGAAGAGGAGGCCUGCAUCCCAGCAGCCAUUGCUGUGAAGGCUAGAUCGGUCACCACGGUGAGCUACACCUACGAGGAAGAGGAAGGAAUUUUUCCAGAGAGCCAGUUUGUCUUCGACCUCGAACUUCCUGCUGAUUUCCAGCCCAGAGUUGGUGACGGAGAAGUGCAGGAAUUCUACUUUCUGCCGAUGGAUAAGGUGAAAGAGAUGCUGGUCGGUGGAGACUUCAAACCAAACUGUGCCAUGGUGGUGCUGGACUUUCUCAUAAGACACUCCUGUAUAGAGCCAGAUACAGAGCCUUACUAUCAGGAGUUUGUGACGGGGCUUCAUCAAACCUUAUAGGAUUAAGAUCUGGAACACCAUAUACUCUUGAUGCUGUCAAAUAUAUUUCACCCUGUCCUGAAUAGAAAACAUUAAUUUUACCCAUUACUCCUAAGUAAAUACUGUGAAAUAAAUAUUGUUGUCCUUUCUUUUAAAUUAUAUAUAACCUUGUGACCUUUGCUUGAAGUCUCCAUUACAGUUGACCUCAAUAUUUCCAAAUCUUCAAUGAAGGGGAAGAAAUGAAAGGACCACAUGUGUGCAUAAGACUUUUCCUGACUGUCUUUGGAAGCUGGACAAAAAAAUAACAGCUUGCUAGUUUCUGGAUUUUGUAUUUAGGCGAGGUUGAUGCUUUAAAGAUUUUCAGCAUUUAAGUUUUUAACCAUUUAAGCAGUGUGCAAAAUAUGUGCAAUUAAUACAGAAGGGCAUGGCAGUGUCAUUUCCAAAGAGAUUAAAGUGCAUGAAAGAUAUUCUCAAAGGAAAGGUCUAAAACGAAAAGUUCAGGACGUAAACAUACAUUGAACAAACAGGCAGUCCUUUUAUUGAAAUCACUGCCAAUCUGAAUACACUAUCCAAUGUUUAUAGAGCUGUAAUAUUUAAACCUAAAUGUAAAAUAUCCCGGGCAUUAUGUUUGAGCCAAGUCAGCCAUUAGUCAACUAGAACCAGGCAAACCAAUGAAUUACAUGAAAAGGUUAUAGAAAAAACACAGAAUCUGUUAGUCUCAUUAUCCAGAGUAUGCACUUAUAUAUAUAUUUAUGGUUCAAGUCAAAUAAAAACAUUAAGCUUUUAUCUAUGUCAUACAUAUGUUGAAUCUAUGUCAUACAUAUGUUGAAA